AUGAAGAAGAUAUGUGCAUAUGUCCAGCAGGACGAUCUUUUUAUUGGCAGUUUGACGGUCGAGGAACAUUUAUGGUUCAUGGCGAAACUACGAAUGGGGCGAAAAUAUUCGAAAAGGGAUAUGAAAAAACGAGUGAAUGAAGUUAUGAAUGAUUUAGGACUGAAGAACAGUGCAAAUACUAUAAUCGGUACGCGGACUAGGAAAGGUCUUUCGGGAGGUGAGAAGAAGAGGUUAGCUUUCGCUAGUGAGAUUCUUACUAGUCCGCCUAUUCUGAUUUGCGAUGAGCCAACAUCUGGAUUGGAUGCCUAUUUAGCGUAUCAAGUGAUUUGUGUUCUCAAAGAAUUGGCACGAAACAAGGGAAUGACGAUUUUACUAACCGUUCAUCAGCCAUCGUCUCAGGUUUUUCAGCUUUUCGACAGCGUUUACAUUAUGUGCCAAGGCCGUGUUGCUUUUUGUGGACCGCCGUCAGAAGCGGAAGAAAUGUGGGCAUCAGUGGGUCUUCCUGUUCCAUUAAACUUUAACCCUUGCGACCAUUACCUGGCGACACUUUCUAGCAAUGAAGACAAUAGUAAAGAUAGUAUUAGACAGAAGGAUCAAAUUCGGAUGAUUUGUUCGGCGUUUGAAAAAUCCGACCAAGGGAAAAAUUUGAUGAAAGAAGCCACGAUGAGAGAUUCUGAAGACGAGAGCGAUUCGAGCAGCGAAGACUGGAGGCGGCGCUACGACACAUUUCAGGAGAAUAAAUUCAAUGCGACCUUCUUGCAGCAGAUUUCUGUUCUAACAUGGAGAGCAACGAAGACGGUUAUUCGAGAGCCGACACUAUUAAAAGUUCAAUUGUUUCAAAGUAUUAUUAUCGCCGUACUUACUGGAUUAAUCUACACUAACAAUCAAUCGGUUGAUCAAAAGAAUAUAAUGAAUAUUAACGGAGCGCUUUAUCAAAUGGUGACGAACAUGGCUUUUAUGUUCCAAUUCAGUGUCGUUCAUCAUUUUUGCCUCGAAAUUAACACAUUCUACCGCGAAUCUGGAUCGGGCCUUUAUCGUGUCAGCGCCUACUUCAUCGCCAAAAACAUUGCCGAGAUGCCUUCAUAUGCAUUGUCGGCAAUUAUUUUCACUUCGAUCUUGUAUUGGAUGUCAGGACUCGCAGCUGCUCUUGACGCGUUCGCGAUAUAUGUUCUCGUCGGAUUCCUUAUUCAGAAUAUUGCGAUAUCCAUUGGCUAUUUCUUCAGCUGCGCGUUCGGGACAAUCAAUCUUGCUGUCGCCGUUAUGCCAAUUUUUGUUGUUCCAAUGAUGGCGUUUGGAGGAUUCUUCAUCAAUCAAGAUUCUCUUCCAAUCUUUUUUGUCCCUUUGAAAUAUUUGUCGUACUUUGGAUAUGCUUAUGAAGUUGUCGCUAUCAACCAAUGGACACGCGUUGAGGAAAUUUCAGGAUGUCUAAGUGCAAAUUGUCCACGUAAUGGAACGGAUGUUUUGGAAAAAAUGAGCUUCUCCGAAUCUCACUUUCUUAUGGAUAUCGUAAUAAUGAUUGCGAUGAUUUUCGCUUUCCGACUAUUUGCAUUUAUUGCCUUGAUGGCUCGAGCCAAAUCCCGAAAUUAA